GGCGAACCAUCCAGCUCAAAAUAAGAGUUAAAACAGAAACGAGGAAAAAUGACAGACACACCUCCCAGUGAUGGCCCUGCCCCUACUGUGGAGUUUGACAUGAUGUCGGCGCUUGAUUGGAAGGACGGCAUCGCUACAUUGCCUGGCAGUGACCUUAGGUUCCGGAUGACAGAAUUUGGCACUCUGGAGAUCGUAACGGACCUGGAGCCUAAAGACAAAGAGGAAGAGCCAAUGUGUGUGGAGGCUGAAACCACACCCCCCAACAGUACCUCCUCCCCUGAGCCCACCAACCCUUCUGAGCAGGGACUGCAGGCCCAGACGGCCAGUGAGCUGCAUGCCCACACUGUGGCUGAUUCCUCUGGGCACCAGCCACAGGUGGGCAACAGGGGCCGCGUGGUGGGCAGCCCUGGUCCCGUGGAAGGCCCCAGCGUGGAGGUGGCCAGCUGCAGCUCCUGCGGACACUCUGGUUCCCAGGAGACCUUCCUGCAGGGCAAGUUCUGCAGCCCUGUGUGCGUGCAGCCCAGCAGCGGCAGGUCCACUCCAGGUGACACAGGUGAAGGUGAACGUUUAGGUAAACGAGUUCGGAAGAAGAAGAAGAUGUUCAUGGAGUCUGAUGGUGAGGAAGAGGAGAACAUGGAGGAAGAGGAGGAGAGGUUUAAAGCUUCAAAAGGCCGAAAAGCAGCCAAACUCGCCAGAUUGGUAACAAUGCCACCUGUGAAGAAGAAAGCUUGGAGCUGGCCGGUCUAUUUAGAGGAGGAGAAGGCUGUCAGUGUGCCCUUGAAACUCUUUAAAGAGCACCAGUCCUUUCCUCAGAGCAGGAAUGGGUUUAAAGUUGGAAUGAAGCUGGAAGGCCUGGACCCGUGUCAUCCUUCUCUUUUCUGUGUCCUUACAGUGGCAGAGGUGCAGGGCUACAGGGUGAGGCUGCAUUUUGAUGGCUACCCUGAGUGUUACGACUUCUGGGUAAAUGCAGACGCAUGGGAUGUAAAGCCUCCAGGGUGGUGUGAGAAGAUGGGCCUCAAGCUGCUUCUGCCCAAAGGUUGUAGAGAUGGAGAAUUUAACUGGAACACGUAUGUUAAGAACUGUAGAGGUCAGCUGGCACCUAAACAUCUUUUUAAAAGUCUUAAUACAUCAGUCACCCCCUCAGGAUUCCGCGCUGGGAUGAAACUGGAGGCCGUGGACCGCAAAAAUCCAUCACUCAUCUGCGUAGCAACAGUUGCUGCAGUUGUGGACAACCGCCUCCUCAUCCACUUCGAUAACUGGGAUGAUACGUACGAUUAUUGGUGUGAUGCCAGCAGUCCAUAUAUUCAUCCGGUUGGGUACUGUCAGGAGACGGAGUUAACACUUACCACGCCUGCUGAGUACAAACACCCAAAAAGUUUCUCCUGGGAGAAAUAUCUGGAAGAGACUGGAAGCCAGGCCGCACCUGCUAGAGCCUUCAAACAGAGACCCCCCCAUGGCUUCCAGGUGGGGAUGAAACUGGAGGCAGUGGAUAAGAGAAACGCAGUGCUGAUCCGCGUCGCCAGCAUCGCAGACACGGAUGACCACAGGGUCAAGGUCCAUUUUGAUGGCUGGAGUGAUGAAUAUGAUUACUGGCUGGAUGCUGAUAGCAGUGACCUGCAUCCUAUGGGAUGGUGCCAAAAAACUGGCCACCCUCUACAGCACCCCAACGACUCCAGUGAUUCCCCAGCCGUCCCGAGUCAAGGCUGUCCUACCCCUGGAUGCAACGGUGUCGGACACAUCAAAGGCCCCCGUUAUGGAACACACUACACGGCGCUGAGCUGUCCGUACUCCGAGCUGAAUCUGAAUAAGGACGGCCUGUUGCCAGACAGGCUGAGCGGUGAGAGGCCGAUCACUCUGAGUGGUCCUCCACGACACCGCCGCACGGAGUCUCUCACCCAGACCGCUGCGCCCACGCCCCCAGCCAACAGCCUGGAACCAGCCGCCGAUGCCGCAGAGCCCUCCCCUGCAGCCAGAGUAACAGCUACCAAAUGCCUGAAGACCCAGCAGGUGAAAAGAGAGGGAAAUGGAAAAGACUGUCUGCAGCAGUUCCUGCACGAGUCUGUGUUCUGUGGCUGGGAGCCGCCCCGGAUCCAGCACUGCUGGGAGAGACAUGGCAAGCUGCUGCCCGAAGCCCUUGGCCUUAACGCCAAGACUGUGGCCAAGUGGAGCACAGAGGAGGUCGCAUGUUUUGUGCGCAGGCUGCCGGGCUGCAGGGAUCAUGCGACUGUUUUCAGGAAUGAGCAAAUUGACGGCGAGGCCUUCCUGCUCCUCACCCAGUCCGACAUUGUGAAGAUCCUGAGCAUUAAGCUGGGCCCUGCUCUUAAAAUCUACAACUGCAUUCUGAUGUUGAAGAGUGCCGACGAGGAGUAGCCCCGCCCCCUGUCAACAGUGGUGGUAACGAAUAGCCCUGCCCCCUCUGAAGAGUGCGGAUGAUGAGCACUGCCCCUUUUUGAAGAGUGUGAUGAAUAGCCACCUCCCCUUUGACAUGGAUGAAGUGUAGCCCUGCCCUCUGCGAAGAGUGCAGAUGAGGAGCAGCUCUGCCCCCUGAUGACCAAUGACAACCUAGUUUGACUUUUCUUGCAUCUUUUCCCAGCUAUAUGCAAUCCUUAGAGUAGUGCUGGUGGGAUGUGACAAUUAAUUCAAGAAGUUGAAGGGUCUAGCUGGUGAAAGGUGGGGUUCUUGUGCCCACCCUGGUUUACAGUGAUCAGACUCCUCCGUUCAAGCUUCCCAUUCACCCCUACGUACGCUUAAGUGUUCCGAGCUACACUUUUGGCCCUUUAAUUCUCAUUUUAUUUAUUUCCUAUUUUACCCAGUAAUUCGGUUCAGAUUAACAGUUUAGACUGUAGAACGCAUGGAACCCGGUUCCUAAAGAGCUGUAACAUCUGCUGAUUGUCAGUACUAUUUAUGAUUUUAUGGUUAUUAAACGUGUGAUUAACUGGAGUUGAAAGCGUGAACAAAUUCCACAGUGGUGGAAUUUUUUACUUGAAAUGUACAAAGUGAUUUUUAAAAUGAUGCAAAAACGGAGUCCUUUGUAUAUGAACAUGUCACACCCAGAAUGGACAAAUGUAAGACCACUAGGGUGAGAUGAAAGUGUGCGUGUGUGCGUGUGAGUGUGUGUGUGUGUGUUUUGCAUCAGGGAAUCUUUUAGUUUGGGCAAAUCUUACAAUGAAUGUCUUGUGUGUAUUGGUAUGAAAAUUGCGCUUUGUGGAAACUAUAAAAUUUGUAAAAUGAUGUACAGUGAAUUCCUUCAUGUGCUAAGAAUGUUCUACUGACGGUGUAUGUGUGUGUACAGAACAAAACUUGGAGAGAUGUAAGCUGCAGUUCUGAAGAAUCUGAGUUAAUAGAAUAAACUCUUGUUACA